GACAUGAUUUUGAGUUGUUUUGGUGCUCUAUAGACGACGAAACAAUCUGAGAGAGAACAAAGUAGGAGGUUAUAGAACGUCGGUGAGUCCUCGACGGCCUCGUUUAAGGAAAACCUAAGGUACCCGACUUGAGAUAAAAGGCUUCUAUAGAGCAAUCCUCACAUCAACUCAAUCACAAAAAGAUCAAGGAACACCAAGCAACAAAAGCGAAAAUGGGUCGCAAAGCUCGAGCAACAAAGUCAUCAAUCAAAGCUGACAAGCCCGCACUUCCUCAAACCAUCUUUUCCCUUCCUCUCAAAGAAUACAACAUCCCUCUUGUAAAACACAUACUCUCCAUUUUCUAUCAACAAAGCACCUUCAAAAAACGCAAAUCACAAACUAGUCUCCUGCAUAAGCUAGCACAGGUAGAACAAACCCUCCCAAAACAUCAACAAGAAGCGGUAACUCAACUUCUUCAUCAUGAUAUGCCCAUCACAAGAGCCGCUAUUGAAGCGGGACCACAAAAAGAAGAUGCAGAUGGAAAGCUUGUAAGGAUAAGCAAGGGUAAAAAGCUAGAGUGCGAAAUUUGUUUGAAAGUUUUGCCCUCGAAAGCUUUUCCGCAGUCGGUUGCUGCAAAUAAAUGCGACCAUACGACGCAUAUUUGUAAAAGGUGUCUAAGACAAGCAAUCACCAAGAGCGUGGAAAUUAAUCCAUGGGACAAAAUACCCUGUCCUUUUUCCACAUGCAGAAACAUGUUAGAGCCAGAGAUUGUGGGGAAGUAUAUCCAAGACAAGCUACUCAAGAAGUACAAACCGCCCCAAUGUCCGCAGCCGUACGAAAGCUAAUUAUGACACAGCUAUAAAAACUACAUCCAUAUGCUUGAGAUCCGCAAUCGACCAAACUUUCGAUGGUGCUUGAAUACCGCAUGCAACGCUGGCCAACUUCACAAACACGGGUUUAAUGACUUCAGGGUUACAUGCCAUGUUUGUAAAUCCGAGAGCUGCUUUCGACAUCAAGUUCCAUUAGCUAAAGCUCGAAAGACAAUGCGGUGUAAAGUCUGUGAGAAUGGCUUGGAUA